AAAUAAAGAAAUGGCAGUCCUUGUAAUAUCUCAAAUCUUGAUUCGAUCCUUCUUCCAUCUCCGUUAAAGAGGGCUGGCCAAGCUGCUCUCAUUUCAUUAGCAUCCCUUGUCGAUUUGGACGGAGGCUUUACUGGCUUGCAUACCUACCGUGUUGGCGUGUUGCUUACCUUCUCCUAGCUAUUCUCCAGAUUGGGAGGUCGAGCAGCAGGGGAGAAUACAUAUUGGUUUUCGUUUCUUGUGCAUCAAAAGCAAUAGCAUGGAGAACAAGGCACGUCACGAGCCAAGCAAUUUGCCUUACAAAUUGCUAAAACAGAUUACAAAUGAUUUUGACAAGGAGCGAAUACUUGGGAGUGGUAGUUUCGGAACAGUUUACAAGGGUGUGCAUGAAAAUCACGGAGAGAUUGCCGUGAAGGUACUCCACAAGAUUACAGGAUUGGAUGAUAAGGAAUUCCACAAAGAAUUUGAUAAUCUUAGGGGGCUCAAACAUCCAAAUGUUGUGGAAUUAGUUGGCUUCUGCAACGAAUCGGAGGAAGAACUUGUGCUUUUUGAAGGAAAACAAGUUACUGCUGAGCGUUUGCGUCUGGCACUCUGCUUUGAGUAUGUACAAAAUGGUAGCCUAAAGAAGCUUAUUACUGACGAGAACACAGGAUUUACCUGGCAGACACGGUACAGAAUAAUCAAAGGGAUCUGUGAAGGUCUGAAAUAUCUUCGUGAGGGACUGGAGUCUCCUAUAAUGCAUUUCGACUUAAAACCUGACAACAUAUUGCUAGAUAAGAGCAUGGUGCCGAAAAUCGCGGAUUUCGGUUUAGCAAAGCUCUUCGGAGAAGAAAACACAAGAAAAACUAUGAGUCCCGCAGGUACAUGGUAA